AUGGAGACAGAGACAAUACCGACAAUGGAGAUAGAAACAGAGGCUGAGAAAAAUAACCCAGCAGAGAGUGAACUGGUGGAAAAUGCACCAGUAGAAGGCAGUGAGGCGGUUCGCAUUCCGUCAGAGACAUCGACGGUUUCAAACCCACCCGAAGCAGCGACUGAGGUGGUUGGUCAACCUAAAGAGAAAAGGAAAAAUCACAAAAGGAAGAGAGUAGCGGGCGAUGAAGACUGUGAUGAGAUUGGUUAUGCAGACGAGGAAAACAGAACCAGUGAAGCAAUUCCUCAAUCAGAGCAAUCGACGAUUGUAGCUGUUCCUGAACCAUUUGUAGGUGUAGAAGACAAUAGGGAAGAAAAUGUAGGUGUACAAAACAAUUGGGAGCCAAAUGUAGGUGGAGAUGGUGAAGGAGAUGUAGGAGAAGAAAAUUGUGAAGAAGGUGUAGGUGUAGUGGAAGAAAAUUGCGAAGACUUUGAAGCUGAAUUUGGAACAGCUGCGAGAGAAGAGGACGUUGGAGAUGAUGCUGAUAGUGGAGAUGAGAUUUGGGAUGAUGAGAGGAUACCAUAA